AUGUCAUCUUCUGACGGACCUUUCGCCGAAUGGUACGAUAUCAUAGUCUGGGGAUGUGACUGGUUGAGCAGUCAGAUUCCACCCGAGGUUUCCACUUCUGCCGCCACCAUCCCUCAAAGUCCGACAGCCAUUGUAGAGAAUGUUACGAGUCCGGUCCUGCCUGCCACAGAUUCAAAGGACAAGCCUGUAGAGGACAUGCCACAUCCAAGUACAGAGCUCCCUGUUACCACAACUCUCUUCACCUUCGCAAAUGCCUCGCAAAGGCCUGAUGAGAUAUCCUCGCUUCGGGCCACUAUACCAGUGCCUCUCCCCAGCACACUAGGAUGCACAGAGGUGGCACCUGACCCUCCAUCCACCCCUGCCACUGCUUUCCCGCUACUCUUUAAAGAAUCAGAUGCGGUUUCGCGCAUUGCAGGAACGAAACGGAAAGCGGACGAGACCAGUGAAAACUGUGGUCGUCCUAAAAGCAGUAUAUUGGAAGUCAUGCGCGAGGCGGAAAGGAUCCAUCCGCUUGCCCAGCCACAAGCAGGACCUAGCAGGCUCAUUGAAGCCUACGAAGAUAGCGAGGGCAUUGCCCUCAAACCACAUAACCACACAACAGGAGCCUCCAGCUUCAAGAAGGAUUUCCAGGCCGCUGAUUCCGCUCCCGUCAAUGUACAGCUAUGGAGCCAAGGGCCUUUCCCAACACAGACCUCGCUUGUCGGCCAGCCGACUGCGUUCUCUGCUUCGACAUUGUCUCAGACUUCAACGCUGCCCUCUUCUCCCUCGUCAGGAUCUUCCGCGUCGUACGCAGCCCAACAGUCCUUUCACGUCGGCCAAAUGACCUUCCCCUCCAUCCCGAUGCCAACUUCUGCCGAUACGACUCGGCAUAUCAACGGGCCAAUGUAUGGUGUCCAAGGAAUGACGUUCACUGCGCCACUGGUAUCACACCCUGCCCCGUCAACGUCGUACUCUGCUACGCUCUCCAUUCCAUCGGUCUCGAUGGUCAGCAUCACUCUAGAGAUGCUGCUCGUGGCUCGGGAACGGGCACACCUCUUGCCUCCCAUUCCAAUACGUUAUGGCCAGACACCGUACAAUUCCGGCUCGUUCAACUGCCAUAUCUGCAUUCUCGGCUUCCGCACGAAAAGAGAACUCACCACACAUGAACGAAGGCAGACACACACAAAGCGUGUCUUGGUGCUGAAUGGUUAUACAGUGUUGCCGCCGAAAGAUUUCCCCUGCGAUUAUCCUGAAUGUGACAAGGAAUAUUCGAAUCGCUCGAGUUUGGUCACACACAGGAGGACCGCGCACGGGAUAGGCGAGCGAAUAGAUGCAAUGGCGGGAGAGGGGAGAGCAAAGAGACGCAGGAGGUAA